AUGGAAUCAGAAAACCAAACAGGCUUAGCAGAAUUCCUCCCCCUGGGCCUCUCAGAGAAUCCAGAACUGCAGCCCCUUCUCUUUGGAAUGUUCCUGACCUUAUACCUGAUCACUGUGGCUGGGAACCUGCUCAUCAUCCUGACCAUCAGUUCAGACUCCCACCUCCACACCCCCAUGUACUUCUUCCUCUCCAACCUGUCCUUCAGUGACAUCUGUUUCAGCACCACUACGGUCCCCAAGAUGCUGGUGAACAUUCAGACUCAGAGCAAAUCCAUCAGUUACACAGGCUGCCUCACCCAGAUCUGCUUUGUCCUUGUUUCUGCUGGUUUGGAAAAUUGUCUCCUUGCAGCAAUGGCCUAUGACCGUUAUGUGGCCAUUUGUCACCCACUAAGGUUUUUUUUAAGGUAUAGAAUCAUCAUGAACCCCCACCUCUGUGGCCUGCUGAUUCUACUCUCCUUGCUCAUUAGCAUCAUGAGUGCCCUGCUCCACAGUCUGAUGGUGCUGCAUCUGUCCUUCUGCAUAGACCUGGAAAUCCCCCAGUUUUUCUGUGAACUUCCUCAGGUCCUCAAGCUUGCCUGUUCUGAUACCCUCUUUAAUAACAUCCUGCAAUAUUUUAUGACUAGUAUUUUGGGUGGUGGGCUCUUCCUUGGGAUUAUUUUCUCCUACAUGCAAAUUGUCUCCUCCCUCCUGAAAAUGCCAUCAAUAGGUGGGAUGUACAAAGCUUUUUCUCCCUGUGGAUCUCCCCUCUCAGUUGUUUCCUUGUCCUACGGGACAGGUUGGGGGCGUAUCUUAGCUCUGCGGCUACUCUGCCCUCUAGGAAGAGUGCAAUUGCAUCAGUGA